AUGCUGCUGUUGUUGCCAGCCAUCAUGCUGCUGUUGUCGACCAUCAUGCUGCUGUUGUGGCUCACCGUGUUGCUGUUGCAACGGCUUGUCGCCAGCAGGCUGCUGCACACUACAGCCCCCUUCGACCUGCUGUACUGUACAGCCCUGCGCGGUCUGUACUUC